CAAUGGUCGUCACAUAAACCCCAACGUGUUAUGCCCUAGUUCAAGGACAUCCUACAUCCGAUGUCCAACCCUGAGUGAUGCUAACAAGAUCAUGGAGCAAACCACAUUCACGAACCCUAAAACAUUCCUUCUUCACUGUGGAACCAAUGACCUGGAGUCUAACCAAUCUGAUGAAGAAAUUACAGGACAUCUCAUAUCCACGGUAACAACCAUAUCCAGCAAACACCCUGAGAAUAAAGUGAUUCUCUCGACACUAUUACCCAGAAAAGACAAUCUGAAUGUAAGGACCAAAAACAUCAACCACAGUCUACAAGAAACAUUCUCGGCUUCCAAAAUCUAUGUUGUCAAACAUGACAACAUCAAAACAGAAGACCUGCGUGACAAAAAACAUCUGAACACGCAUUCGCCUUAA